AAGUCAAUAGUCAAAAACAAACAAUAUAUAUUUAUCAAAUUUUGGCAUUCCGAGUUUAGAAUUUAAUCGCCAACAAAUUUCUAAAUUUCUAACUUUUAUAAAUUAUUUCCGGGUUAUAAUAAGCAGAAAACUGAAAGCAAAUUAUACAAAUAGUCGAUAAUAUGAAGCAUCAAAAAGCACCGAAACGAGUGAGACAAUGUGUCGAUCUGGUCAAACUGAUAAAGAACAGACCCAGGAAUCUACCGUACUACUAUCCACGGUACAGCAACGCUGGGCGAGCCUUAAUGGACCCACCCAUGCACUCGACAGUGAAUCCACACACUCAUUGUUUCACAUGACCAACUGUUGCGCACCAAUACACAGUGAUUGCAGCAGCAGUGCUGCUGAAGAACUCAAUCAAAAAAGUAGUAAGCAUGAAUUAUUCAAAGCUAAAUCACAAUCAACGGUGCUGUCAUAUGGAUCGCUUAUUGAACUCAAUAAAGUUUCAAAUACAACUCUGAAUACAAACAAAUUACAGCAGGAAGAGCAUGACAACUCAGAACCGUGUUGUUCGAAUAAAAGCAAAUCAGAAAUUGAAAAUAAUACCAAUGAUGCCACACCCAUUGACGAAGUGUCGCUUUCCGCGUCAGCAGUCAUAUCAAGCGAAACGAUCACUCCCGAAGAAGAAACGAACAAUGAAGGGAGCGCGCUCAAUGUCAGUCAAUCAACACUACAACAGGAAGCUACAACAACUGUGGCCGAACAUACCGUUAGUAGGCAGAUGUUAGCCGAUGAAGAAGCCGGCGGCGAUGGUCAUCACAACAACUCUAUCAUCGAAAUUGAGAUAACAUUACUAUCGGGUAAUGAUACAAAUUCGGAGGAAGAGGAUGAGGGCGAUGACGAGACGCCUAUGCAGCAGGAAAGUGGAGAGUGAAGGAGUGGUAUAACUCUCAACACCAGUGUCGUAAACAAAAUAUAUAUGCGGUAUUAAAAUAAAUAUAAAUUCUUAAAGUUGAAA